GCCACAACCAGCCUACCUAAGUAGGCUUAAAUUAAAAAAUUUUGGUUUCCGUAAAAAAAGUAACAAAAACUUGUUAUUUUCAGAAUUUGUUUUAUGUUUUUCACUCUGAUAUCAUUGAAAUGAUAAUAAGAUAUUUUUGUUAACAAGUACUUACAUACGAAUAUAUUAAACAGAUUUCGGGAGGAAAGUCACUUGAGAUAAAUGCAAAUUAUGGAUCCCCGAAUAAUUUUUUUAUUUACACUAAUCCUUCAAAGCGGAAGUUGUUUUCAAAAUUGUAAACCAAAUAUAGCAAUUAUUGGUGGCGGUAUUGGAGGAGCAUCGAGUUCCCAUUUUCUUACAGAAUUAUUUAAGGGGAAUCUUAAUAUUGAUUUGUAUGAAGCAAAAACCAUUGGUGGUCGUCUAGCUACAAUACAGAUUGAUGGGAAUGAGUUUGAAACUGGUGGCUCGAUCAUACAUUCCCAAAAUAAAUAUAUGCAAGAAUUUGUUAAACUGCUCGGUUUAGAACAGAAACCACCUGACAAUCAAAAAACAGGUAUUUGGAACGGUAAUGAAUUUGUGUUUGAAGAAAGUAACUGGGAAAUGAUGUCCUUUGCUAAAUUACUUUAUAGAUAUGGUAUUCAGCCAUUCAGCCUUAAUAGAUAUGUACAAACUAUAUUGAAUGAUUUUGCAAAGAUAUACGAUUUACUGGAUGCUGGAAAAUCUUUUGAGAAUGUUACUAGUCUUUUAUCAGCAAUGAAUAAUAGGUUUCCGAAGUUGUUACAAGUAUCUAUUAAAACUCAUCUUUUAGAUUUGGGUUAUUCAGAGAAAAUAAUAGAUGAACUUGUUAAGGCAGCAUUAGUUGUAAAUUAUGGACAAGAUACAAAUAUUCAGAGUUUUGUAGGCUGUGUAGCUUUAGCCGGAGCAGGUUUCAACUUGUGGUCUGUUAAGGGAGGAAAUAAAAAGGUACCUGAACAUUUAAUAUAUAGAAACAAGAAUGUAAAUAUUAUACCUUCGUAUGUUGUAAAAAUUAUCAAUGUACCAAACGAAGAUGGGAAAAAUCAAUACGAAUUACAUUCUCAUAAUAAAGAUAGUACAGUUAUAAUGAAAUCAGCAUACGACAUUGUAAUUGUUGCAACUUCACUUACAAGUGAUCAACAGUUACCCAUAAUUUUCGAAGGAUUUCCAAACAACGACUUUCACGGUGCAGAGAAAUAUCAUAAAACUGUAGCGACCUUUAUUGAAGCUGAUUUAAAACCGUAUUAUUUCGGUUCGGUCGAAGAAAUCGACGGUAUUCUCAGUUGCGACCCAAACAAAACGAUAAUCAGUUCUGUAGGAAGAUUAAAUUCUGUAGAGGGUACAAUUAAGAACAGUAGAAUUUGGAAAAUUUUUAGUAAUGCACCUUUAAAAACAGGAAUUCUAAAUGAAAUGUUUUCAAAUAUCAAAGAAGUGAAAGAAAUUACUUGGAAAGCUUAUCCUGAAUAUUUAACGCACGUGCAUGACGCGAACUUCAAAUUGCACAAUGCCCUUUAUCAUGUGAAUGCUAUUGAAUGGGCUGCCAGUGCAAUGGAAAUGAGUGCAAUAAGUAGUAGAAACAUAGCAAUUUUAACACAUAAAGAUUUUGUCGAAAAAUAUCACUGUCAAGAUAUUAACAAAAUGCUAGAUGAUAUACCUCAAACUACACUGUCUGCUGACUUGUAAC